AUGGCGCAAGCCAAACAAACGCGGUGGAUUAAGGCUGUUGCCGUCUUGUCCACCGUACUCUUCCUGUUCUACUACUUCUCGCCCCAAGGCGUCGAUCUAUAUCGUGGAGUUUCGUCCUCUUCUCGUGAUGGCCAGGUCCCCGUUGACGCAUCAUAUGGUACCGACCGCUGUACCCGUUCCAGCUCGCGCGACAAACCCAUCGUCCAAUACGUUCUGAUGAUCGACGCCGGGAGCACGGGCUCCCGUAUCCAUGUCUACAAAUUCAACAAUUGCGGUGCCACGCCCGAACUUGAGAGCGAGGUUUUCAAGCAGACGAAGAAAAUUGAAGGCCGCAGCAGUGGACUCAGUGCCUACGCUGAUGACCCAGAAAGAGCGGCCCAUAGCCUAGAUCCGCUCCUAGAAGAAGCCAUGCGAGAGGUACCUGACAAACUCAAGGCCUGCACUCCAAUUGCCGUCAAGGCCACCGCCGGCCUGCGUCUUUUGGGCCCCGAAAAGAGCCAACGUAUACUGGACGCCGUUCGUCUCCACCUGGAGCAAAACUACCCAUUCCCUGUUCAGUCCGAUGAGGAAGGUGGCGUUGCCAUCAUGGAUGGAUCUGACGAAGGUGUUUAUGCGUGGAUCACGACUAACUACCUUCUCGGGAAUAUCGGUAUGCCGGAACAUGAAGAGACGGCUGCCGUUUUUGACUUGGGUGGUGGUUCCACCCAAAUUGUGUUUGAGCCCAAUUACAACGGCCUAACACAAGGCGGUAUCCCUACGAAGAUGGCUGAGGGCGACCACAAAUAUGAUUUGGACUUUGGCGGCCGUCAUUUCACCCUCUAUCAACACUCGCACCUAGGCUACGGUUUGAUGAGUGCACGGGACGCCAUUUACAAGGCACUUGUGGACGACCUCCAAGAAGCGAACAAAGAUGCCUCUGCCGCUGCUUGGGUAAAGGGUACUGUCGUUAACCCGUGUUUCUCUGUGGGCAUGGAGAAGACUGUCAAGAUCAAGCUGGGUGAAGGACACCCACUGGGCGAGGUAGCUGAGUUGAACAUGACCGGCCCCAUAAAGGCUGCGCCUGCACAAUGUCGCAACCUUGCCGAACGUAUCCUACGCAAGGAUGCCGAGUGUGGACUUCAACCGUGCUCCUUCAACGGUGUCCACCAGCCCCCCAUUGGCAAAACUUUUGCAAAGGAGGCUGUGUACUUUCUGUCGUACUUUUUCGACCGUACACAACCGUUGGGCAUGCCAGAGUCGUUCACGAUUCGCGAAAUGCACGACUUGACAAACACUGUGUGCUCAGGAAGUGAUGCCUGGGGUGUAUUCUCAUCGGUCCCAGGUGCUAUGGAUGAACUCCGUGACCGCCCCGAGCAUUGCAUGGACCUCAACUUCAUGUUGGCUCUGGUUCAUACUGGAUACGAAAUGCCUAUUGACCGUGAGGUUCGCAUCGCCAAGAAGAUUAAGGACAAUGAACUUGGCUGGUGUUUGGGCGCCAGGGCUCCGGCUGGUCAUGCAAGGUCACCGAAGUUCAUCGCUAACUGA